AUGUCCUCCGAAUCUAAACUAAAGGUUAUAGAGCUUAUUAACAGCUUUUUUCUAAAAGCUACACUUUUGAUAUCCCAAUCUAAAUUGUUGACUGAUAUCGACACAGGUGUCGAUAACGCACCGACAGACACAUCUUUUAACAUCAGCGCUUUGCAAAAUAGAGAAAUACAGGAAGAAACUAAACCUUGGACUACUUUUGAUGGUGAACGUGAACUACCGCCUCUGGUAAUAGAGUUGUAUCUUGAUUUGAGGCGGUUAACAACUGCCCAUUCUGUUGUAUUGAAGGAUCAGGAUGGUAACCCAUGGAAUGUCUGUAAGGGAGGGAAAAAAUCCGAGAUCAUGUUAGAACGGUGGCUCAUCGAACUUGACACCAGCACUAAAGAUGAAUUAGAGGAGGAUGCACAUAGCCCUGCGGAGAUAUAUAAGCAAUUGGUUUUGCUUUUCCGUUAUUUAUACACAUUAACUCAGUUACUGCCAGCUAAUGACUUAUAUUCUGUCCUUAGGAAGCCCUCAAACCAAUCAGAUUCUGCUAGUUCGUUACUUCACAUAGGAACACGUGUGUUAGACGGUUCAAAGCCCAUUCUAUCAAAGGGUAGAGUGGGUUUAAGCAGAAAUAUAAUCGCAACGUACACAAAUGUCAUUAACGAAACAAAUGUUGCGUCUCACUUGGAACAGAAAAAGAUCACGCCUAUAAAAACGAAUUUUGGAUCCCUACGAAUAACCGUUUCUUACAGACGUGACUGUAAUUUCUGCGUCAACGAUAAUGAAGAGAUAUUUGGUAAUAAUAACUACAGCAGCAGCUCUGUUGCUGAUGCACAAGGGAGAUCUAGCACCGCAGCAUUGUCUUCACUAAGAAGAGUCUCAGUGCAUAGUAAUAGGUCCAUGUCUAUUUCUCCUCAAACUGUUUAUAGUGGUAAUGUCAACACUGAGCCUUCUCCUCAAAGAAAGUCUUCAUCAUCUAGAAUUCAGCCAUUUAAAGCAGGAUCCGUUGGUAGUGGUUCAUUUGCUCUAGCCAGAAAUCCCUCCGGGUCAUCUGCAGUUGCCACAUUAAGGGCCCAGAGAUCAAGUAGUGGGUCCGUAUCUACACCUAUAGCUGAUCAGCCCUCCGUAGAACCAUCAAGUGUCGGCAGUGGUGGUUCUAAAUACUCAUCUUCCUUUGGGAGGAUUCGUCGUCAUUCCAGUAUAAGGUGCUCUGAGAGCUUGGAAAGGUCCAUGCACAAACCUUCGAAAUCUACCGAUCGAGGAUCCGAUGAAUUGCUAGACUUUGUUAAAAUGUUAGAGGAUAAACAAGAGUUGAACUUAAAGAAAUUAUAUGGGACAACAGCCGAUAUAUCUAGUUCUUUGAUCCGUUUUCAUUCAAUGAAAUCCAAUAACGACACUCUAAGUGAGGACCUUUCAAUGAGCCACUCUUUAGAACCAUCACAUGCUCCACAAGUAAGAUACAGAUCCAAUUCGCAUUCCCCCAUUCCUUCAUUUUCCCCUUCUAUUCAAUAUUCGUCGAUUCCGAUGAGGUUAUCACAAAGUCGCAAUCCUAGCCAAACAGAACUUGCCAGCCGAAAGAACUCUACGGAAAGAUUAAAGUCAUUAAUAUCAAGUAGAACUGGUAGCUUCUCUGAAUCAAGACGUCAUUCCUAUACCGGUCAAGAGGAAGAUAUUAUUGAAGAUGAUGAUGAUGAAGACGAGGAAAUUUUAUUAAGCAGAUCCCAUCUAAGCAAUGCAGGGGGGAUCCGGUUGAGAUCUAUAUCACCUCAAUCAAUCAAAAGUAUUUCCUCAUAUAAUAGAAAUUCACUACCUUUUAAGCCUAUUUCAAAUUUUUCAUGCCCAACUACCAUGGCUACUCCAGCACAUGCCAAAUUACAUAAGGCAAGUAUCAGUACGUCACAUGUUAAUCAGCCAAGUUUAAACAAGAAGGACCAUGAUCAGAAUAAUAUGACAAGUGGAGGUGAUGAUGAUGACGACUUGCUAUUCUUUAUGAGUGAUAUGAAUCUCUCCAGCCAAUAA